UGGAGAGCCGCAUGCAGAACGUGAAGCUGGUGAAACCCGUGGUGGUUGGCACCUAUGCUUUCUUACUCUCCCAGCAGGAGAAGCGAAAGUUUGGAAAUAUGACCCACAAGUGGACCUGCCUGUUGCGCUGCCCCAACUAUUCGGACCUCUCUCUCUUCAUCCAGAAAGUCGUUUUUGAGUUGGACCCCUCCUUCAUUUACCCCAAGCGAGUUUACACGCAGCCCCCCUACGAGGUGAACGAAAUAGGAUGGGGUGAAUUCUACCUCACCGUGAAGAUCUACUUCGCCGAUGUGUCCUUGGCGCCCGUGAGCAUUGUCCACUUUGUGAAGCUAAACACGGAUGAAGAGUCGGCCUGCCCCCCCUGCGUCGUCAACGAGACGUACGAAGAAAUAAUUUUCCGAAACCCCACGGUCAACCUGUACAACAAAAUAAUCCAAAGCAACAACAGCAAGACGGCCCCCCACAAGUACCACGAGCACUUCCUGAAGUACGACUUCCAGGAAGAGACCUACACGAGGAAGUACCUCCAGUUCCAGUCCAAGGUGCAAGAGGAGAUAUGUGACCUGAUGACCGAAGCGACGGAGCUAUCCAAGGACAUAAACGAAGCACAGCAAAAAUACUUCACACUGAAAGCCGAAAUGGGUGUUAGCAGUGACGACAAC